AUGCUCACAAAUCUACCUGCAAUAUCAUCUAAACUUUUACCUAGAAAUCGAAUUGCAUCGGGAGAAGCAAAACCUAAAAUUUUAUCAUUUCCUGGUGUAUCACAAAAUAAAAAAGAUUGUCCUAUUGAUGUGAUUUUUAAAGGUGGAGGAACAACAAUCGACGAUAUUGAUUUUGGCAGCGGUGGCAAAACUGACUGUCUUUUACGAUAUGCUGUUGGACGAAUAUAA